AUGGCUCGACUGAAUGACACCAUUUCCCGUCCUAGGGCCAACCGAAACGAGACGAACGAUGAUGGUACCAACCGAGAUGAAGCGAACAACAACACCGACCAAGAAAACCGACGAUCCUCUGUCUUCAUUGAUGGAGACGAGAAUGAAGAACGACACCUGGUAACUCUCAAUAAGUUCCUGCAAUAUGCUGCUGAGAAGCCUGAGUGGUUAUGUGUUGAUGAACGCGAAGCUCAGCUCGCCGAAGAAGAGCCCCAUGGCAAAGUCAAGGAUAGAGAGAUUGCACUGUUGCACUGUGAGAUGGUCGAAAUGAAGAGCCAACUCAAGAGACAGACAGAUAGUGAAGGCUUAGAUGGACUGCAUCAGGAAAUGGAGCUUGUCAAGCAUCAGCUUGCUGAAGUGAAGGCUGAGCGUGAUGCAUUUGGUAGCCAGAUUGCUUGA